AUGACAGAGUGCAAUAUUAAGCCUGAUGGGGUCACCUUUGUCGGGCUCCUAUCUGGGUGUAGCCACGCCGGUUUGGUCAAUGAGGGAAAGGGGUUUUUCUCUCUCAUGAGAGAUGAGUAUGGGAUAGAGCCUAAGGUCGAGCACUAUGGGUGCAUGGUCGACCUUUUGGCUCGAGCAGGGCUCUUGAAAGAAGCCGUUGUCUUCAUUGAGACAAUGCCUGUCGAGCCCAACCCAGUUGUGAAGAAUUGGGAAGAUGUCGAUGCUAUUAGGAAGGAAAUGAGAGACAGAGGAGUCAGGAAAACUCCGGGUUGUAGCUUGAUCGAGGUGAGCAAUGCUGUUCACGAAUUCACAGUCGGAGACUCGUUGCACCAACAAUUUGCGCAAAUAAGCACGUUUUUGGAUGAAAUCAAUUGGGGUGUGAGAGAGAUUGGCUACAAAGCGAAAACCGUGCCAGUUUUACAUGACAUUGAAGAGAAGGAAGAGUGCAGUCAGGUAUUACAGUGA